UUCGAGACGAUCUUGAUCCGUGAUUAAAUACCAAACGUCCUGCCCCUCUCGAAACGUCUUACCUCUAGUCUCACUCAUCAACUUAAGCCGCCAGCUCUCCGGAAACCGACUUCGUCGUCGCAGAGUCAUCUCUUUCUUCGUUUCGCGCCCGUAGCAGUAUUGUCGCCCUUACAUCUUUCUCUUUUUCAUUUUCGACAGCUACUUGGGAUUCUUCUUCAUAUCUUAUAAUCAGUAAAUAAAGAAAAGAAAAAUGGCUUCCCAGCAAGUUUUCACCGACCGCGACCUCGAGAAGCAUAGCUCCUCGAGCAUCGCCCCUGUCCAGGCUCACGGUCAUGGCAAGUCAAAGCUCGCCAGUGCCAACCCUUUGGGUCUCCUUGCCUUCGGCCAAGCUCUGUACUUCCUUUCCCUUUUCGAGUUCGCUCCCCGUGGCGUCACAACCACCAACAUCGUCGUUGGUAACAUGAUUUGGAUGGGUGGUAUCGCUCAGUUCAUCGCUGGUGUCAUUGACUUCUGCGCUGGCAACGCUUUUGGUGCUACUGUCUUCUGUGCUUACGGUGCUUUCAACUUGGCCUACUCUACCAUCUUCAUCCCCGGCUCCGGUAUUCUUGCUGCCUACAGUGACUCGAACGGCAUUCCUCGUGAAGACUUUUCGCAAGCUGUCGCCCUCUUUGUCUGGUCAUGGUUCAUUAUCACUGUCAUCUUCACGAUCGGUGCUUGCCAGGCCAACUGGGUCUUGUUUGGCCUGCUUUGCACUGCUGAUAUCACCCUCAUCCUACUUGCUGCCGGACACAUGACUCUCAAGGAGGAGCUCCUCAAGGCUUCCGGUGUCUUCGGUCUUAUCGCUGCUGCUAUUUCCUUCUACGCUGCUGCCGCGUACCUAUACGUCGACGGUGUCACACCUUUCACGCUACCUCUCUUCCCCAUUCGCAAGGACCGCAUUGUCUAAGCUGGGAUGGUGUUUACACUAGAUCAGACGCAAUUCUGAUGAAAUGAGAUACCCUAGGACUGCUACCUGUUCCAUUACUCACUCACAAUUUUCGCGAGCGGAGGAUGCCGUAUUUUUUCUGCAUCUGAGAUGAUCUUGUAGACUGUAUAUAGACGGCUUGGAGGGCUAGCGACAAGAGCAUUGAUUAUUAUAUAUAACUCGUGGUACCAGAGACCACAAUCCAGCAUUAUUAUUAACUUUUGUAAACAAAACUGUCUACUUGUUUUCGCUUGUUCUAUGUAAUUUACUUUGAAUUUACUUUAAUAUUCGUGCUACACAUGACUCCUGGAACAGGUUAUGAAUGGGUAGCUUCUCUGCAACCCUCUGC